AUGUCUCGGACUGAAGAAGUGAACAAAAUGACUGAAAAUGUCUAUAAGGGGAUUUUGGAGCAGUUCAACCCCAGUUUAAAGAACUUUGUGAUCAUGGGGAAACACUACGAGAAAGCCCUGACAGGAGUCACAGUGGCUGCCAAGGGCUACUUUGAUGCUUUGGUAAAACUUGGGGAACUGGCCAGUGACAGCCAAGGUUCUAAAGAACUGGGAGACACAUUAUUUCAAAUGGCAGAAGUCCACAGACAGAUCCAAGUGCAGCUGGAAGAUGUGCUGAAGCUGUUUCACUCUGAACUAUUGGCUCAGCUGGAGCAGAAGUUGGAGCUGGACAUCAAAUACCUCACAGCAACACUGAAGAAGUACCAGGGCGAGCGCAGGUCUAAAUCAGAGUCAAUUGAACGUUGUCAGUCUCAACUCAAGAAACUCCGCAGGAAAAGCCAGGCCAGCCGACACCCGAACAAAUAUGGAGACCGCGAGAUGCAGUUCGUGGAGCUGAUGAGCCGCCGCCAAGGAGAGUUGGACGCUCUGGUUGCCACGGGUUACAGGUCGGCACUGACGGAGGAAAGGAGGCGAUACUGCUUCUUAGUGGACAGACAGUGCUGUGUCACAAAAAUACUCAUCAACUACCACUCAAAGGUGAAGGAGCUCCUGUCCCAGAAGUUGUCGUCGUGGCAACAGUCGUGUUCUCAGCCGACCAAACUGCCGGAGCGCGCCCUGAACCUGCUCCGCCACACGGCGCCGCAGAGCACCACCGAGGCCCUCAAGCACAAACCAGGACAGUCCGAACAGAGGUUGUCAGUUCAGGAGGUGCCGCCUCUGCAGAACGGGGACUCGGGCCGGUCACAGCAGCAGCGCUCUGUUCCCUCAGCCUCUCACAGCGACCCUUCUCUGUCCCAGGACUCCCCCCAAGCUGCUCAUUCCUCCUCUGAGUCCGGGGGAGCCACAGGGGGGUCCUCAUCUGGAGCAUCUCCACAACACUGCAGCACGCCCCUCUCUGAAGGUGGCUUGGGUCCUGCUGCCUCUCCUCCUCUCAGCUCAGGUCCAGGACAGCUCCUCUCCACAAACACGUCUAACCUGUCUCCGUGCCUCAUCCCGUCCACCGUCAUGCCCCUCAGCCAGGUGCCCCCGAGCUCCAGCUCCGCUCAGGGCAUGACCCUCCCCAUCUCCCACAGCGCCCCCCACAGUCCACCUCUGCCCCACAGUGCACCCCUCUCCAGAUCCAUGACCCCUGUGCAGCUCCUACAGGGGGCAGGUCCCGGGUCGAGCCUCCAGCCCUCACAUAACCCCUGGCUCCUGAGGGGGGUGGAGAUGUCUGCUACUGCCACACUGCCACUGCCCAGACGCCCCGGGGCAGAGAACAGACACACUGGAUUCCAAGGCUCCACUCUUCCUCGGCUCCUCCCUCUCCUGGGCCCUACUCGAGUGGAGGCCCUGUUCGCUCACACUCCAGAGCCCCAGACCGGAGUCAGUGGAGGGGCGUGUCUCCUGCCUUUUCUGCCCGGCGACAACAUCUCGCUUCUGAUCUCUGAGCCGAGAGACGGGUGGCACUAUGGGCAAAACGACCGCACGGGACGAAAAGGCUGGUUCCCUUUCUCCUACACCCAACCACUCAACAGUAACAUCGACAAUACUGAGGGCUCUUUGUUGUUAUCUAAAGUAAAUAGCACCAGCACUGGACAACUGGAUAAACUGUGCUCAUCUGGGCUGCCUGCUCUGACCCCGGAGUCUGAAGAGGAGAAACCUGUUCCUCCGAGAAUCAGCACCUUUCGCCCGAGGCCGUACAGCAUCGCCGAGGGCAACAAGAUCUCUGCAGCACUGGGCCCACCACCUCCAUCACCAACCAGGCCAAAUCCAUUUGCGCACAUUCGACUCAGAAAAACUGUUACCAAUGAUCGCUCUGCUCCCAUCAUUGAGUGA